AUGCCCAGAAAUACAGAUCCCGGCUCUAAAUCAGUGUACUAUCGUCGCUUUCAAGAUAAUGACCCUAACGAAGUUGAAUUGAGCGAGGACGCACGUGAAAAUGAUGCGACGUUUCGAUGGAGCGCCCUCCAUUUACACUUGCUCCACGGAUUGAAAUUUAUCACUUUAUUGCUCACAGUAGUGCCCGUGUGCAUAUUCUUCGACUCUAUGAAGAUUAUUGUUCAACGAAAACGUCGGUUUUGCCUUGACCAUUUGAAUAGAAUUUUUCUAAGACAGAGUUCUUGGAUUCUUGAUGAACGUAUUUGUCAAUACGUGCUGAAUCCCCUGUUUGUUUGUUUAUACCCGUCCACUUUUUCCAAUCCAACAUACGUCAGAUAUGAGGUCCCUAUAGAGGAUCAGGAAUCUCCGGAGAACAAUAUAUUCCAAAAUCGUGCCUUAAACGCACCGAAAGUGAUUAACGCGAAGUUUUACCACUACUUCACGCCCGAAGGUUUCGAUCCUAGCACGGACCCGGUCUUAGUAUUUUAUCAUGGGGGUGGGUAUGCACUUAAAUUAACUCCUACAUCAUUAUCGUUCCUGAACAAUAUGCGGAACGCUUUCCCCAAGAUGGCUAUUAUUGUACCAGAUUACACAGUCACUGCCACUGACGAACAGUCGAAAAAAUAUCCGCUACAGAUUUUGCAAAACGUGGCUGUUUUCGAUUACGUCAGCAACACCAUUGGUUGCAGGAACGUGAUGAUUAUGGGCGAUUCAGCUGGCGGUAAUGCGGUUUUGAACAUAGUUUUAUAUUUGAGCAAGUGUCACAGAGAUGUCUAUCCAAAAAAAGUCAUAGCUAUAAGUCCGUGGGCCAAUGCCACUUUCCUCCAUGAGGGAGAAAAAAAAUACAUGCAGCGGACUCAGCAAUGGGAUGGUCUAUGUUUAAAGAGCCAUUCCAUGUUCGGAAGAAUGUUUGUUGGGAGAAACCCAAACGUUGACUUUACCGGUGAUCCUUUUGUUAAUAUUGAAAGAAAUUUUGAAACAAAAGAAUGGCAAGAAAUUUUGAAAAAAUGCUCUGUGAUGAUCACGUAUGGCAGUGACGAGCUGCUGAGCCUUCAAAAUGAAAUUCUAGCAAAGAAAAUGAGUAAAGCUAGCGAAGGAUUCGACCAUUUCACGUCCAAAAACGUGCUGGUCGAACAUCAAGGUUAUCACACGGGUCCCAUCUUAAACUACUCCCGUGACAUGGACUGGUGGACACGCAUACCAUCUAUUGCUCGAAUUCUCGAGUUCAUGCAUUCCUAG